AUGGCGUCAAAUCUGCCAGCCCAGCCAAAUCUUCGGGUCACGAUUAUUGCUGCAGACGGUUUGUACAAGCGCGAUGUCUUUCGAUUCCCUGAUCCGUUCGCCGUGGCCACCGUCGGAGGAGAGCAAACACAUACCACCUCUGUGAUCAAGAAAACUCUGAAUCCCUACUGGAAUGAACCAUUCGACCUGAGAGUCAAUGAGGACAGCAUUCUUGCGAUCCAGAUCUUUGACCAGAAGAAAUUCAAGAAGAAGGACCAGGGUUUCCUCGGUGUCAUUAACGUCCGAAUUGGCGAUGUUAUCGAUCUCUCGAUGGGUGGUGAUGAAAUGCUCACUCGUGAUUUGAAAAAGUCCAACGACAACCUUGUGGUCCAUGGAAAAUUGAUUAUCAACUUAUCGUCUAACCUCAGCGCCCCUCAUCCGAACCAGAAUGGCCUCCAGCGUCAACAGGCUCAAACUUCAACUUCUAGCGGCCUUGUGCCCCAGGUUGCCGCACCUUCCCCGCAAACCCAGCCAGGGCCUAGCAACCUCGAUACGUCCCCUGCCGCCGCAUCAAAUUCAUCUCUUAACCAGCGCACCCCGACAUCCGCCUUGCCGACCGGUCCCCCUCCUCCCCUGAAUGGCGCUCCCACCAACCCUCCAGGACCAGGUGCCCCCUCUCGUGCUAACCUCAGCUCCUUUGAGGACAGCCAGGGCCGAUUACCCGCUGGCUGGGAACGGCGUGAGGACAACUUGGGACGGACGUACUAUGUGGAUCACAAUACGCGCACCACCACCUGGUCACGACCAGCGGCCAACUACAACGAGCAUGCCCAGCGUUCGCAGCGCGAAGCCAACAUGCAGCUCGAGCGUCGCGCACACCAGAGCCGAAUGCUGCCUGAAGAUCGGACUGGCGCGAGCUCGCCGAACCUGCCGGAUGCGCAGCAGAUACCUACACCACCGCCCGGUCCUAACGCUGGCACUUCUGUCGCAAGUGGAGCGCCGGCCGGGUCUAACGCGAAUGCGGUAUCCAUGAUGGCGACGGGAGCCACCACUGCUGGCACAGGGGAGCUUCCACCAGGAUGGGAACGACGAGUGACACCCGAGGGCCGGCCGUACUUUGUGGACCACAACACGCGGACGACGACAUGGGUCGAUCCUCGCCGACAGCAGUAUAUCCGCAUGUACGGACAAGGCCAAACCACCGGCGGUGCCAACAACACCACUAUUCAACAGCAGCCCGUUUCCCAAUUGGGCCCUCUGCCCAGUGGUUGGGAAAUGCGUUUGACCAACACCGCGCGAGUAUACUUUGUCGAUCACAACACAAAGACGACCACCUGGGAUGACCCUCGGUUGCCUUCGUCUUUGGAUCAAGGUGUGCCGCAGUAUAAGCGCGACUUCCGCCGCAAGUUGAUCUACUUCCGAUCUCAACCCGCCUUGCGGAUCAUGUCCGGUCAAUGCCAUGUCAAGGUCCGUCGUAAUAACAUCUUCGAGGAUUCGUACGCCGAGAUUAUGCGGCAGAGCGCGUCCGAUCUUAAGAAGCGCCUAAUGAUCAAGUUUGAUGGCGAAGACGGUCUUGACUACGGUGGUCUCUCACGUGAAUUCUUCUUCCUUCUCUCCCACGAAAUGUUCAAUCCUUUCUACUGCCUCUUCGAAUACUCCGCCCACGAUAAUUAUACCUUGCAGAUUAAUCCCCACUCGGGCGUGAACCCCGAACAUCUCAACUACUUCAAGUUCAUCGGCCGAGUGGUCGGUCUGGCUAUCUUCCAUCGUCGUUUCUUGGAUUCCUUCUUCAUUGGAGCCUUCUACAAGAUGAUGCUGCGGAAGAAGGUCACUCUUCAAGACAUGGAGGGUGUCGAUGAAGAUCUACACCGUAACCUGGCGUGGACCUUGGAUAAUGACAUUGAAGGGAUUGUGGAGCUUACAUUUUCGGUUGAUGAUGAGAAGUUUGGCGAGCGUCGCACUAUUGAUUUGAUACCCGGUGGCCGGGACAUGCCCGUCACCAACGAGAACAAGGCACAGUACAUUGAGUUGGUUACCGAGUGGAAGAUUGUCAAGCGAGUCGAAGAGCAGUUCAACGCCUUUAUGUCCGGUUUCAACGAGCUUAUUCCACCCGAUCUUGUCAACGUCUUUGACGAGCGCGAGCUGGAGUUGCUCAUCGGUGGUAUUGCCGAUAUCGAUGUCGACGACUGGAAGAAGCACACCGAUUACCGUGGCUACCAGGAGCAAGACGAGGUCAUCCAGAACUUCUGGAAGAUCGUCCGCACCUGGGACGCUGAACAGAAGUCCCGUCUGCUUCAAUUCACCACCGGAACUUCCCGUAUUCCCGUCAACGGUUUCAAGGAUUUGCAGGGUUCUGACGGUCCCAGACGCUUCACCAUUGAGAAGUCGGGUGAUCCUGUUGCGCUGCCUAAGUCGCAUACUUGCUUCAACCGUCUUGAUCUCCCUCCUUACAAGACUCAUGAAGCCUUAGAACACAAAAUGUCUAUUGCCGUGGAAGAAACACUUGGAUUUGGACAGGAAUAG